UCGGAUAUUUAUUUGCUUGCUUCACCCACCCUGAACUGCAGCAGUGUUUUGAGAACGAUCUACAAAUUCAGUUGUGUUUCAUUCCCAAACCGAUCGUCGCCUUGUAGUGUACCGUCGCCCGCCUGUCCUCUCACCGAGGCCGGAUGGUAAAAUCUAACCUCCAGCGAAUCUUAAAUAGUCAUUGCUUUGCCCGAGAGAAAGAAGGAAAACAACAAUAUCAUCACUCCAUGGCUUCUUUAAGUAACAGUAGUAUUUGUGACAUGAUGGACAACUUGUCUGUUCGCUGUACUAGUACCUGCGGUUCGGGGCCUCUGUGGUGCUCCGAUGUCCCUCUCCCACCACUGAAGAUCCCAGGUGGGCGAGGAAAUGGUCAGCGGGAUCACACUCUUUCAGCUCGACUGCUGUAUUCGGAUAACAAGCUGACUGUCACCGAGGAGUCUGAUGUGAAUGGAAGGCCCAGGAUACUCCAUUUCCAGACCAGACCAACCGACUCCAAGGUUAUCAAGUGGGAUGCGGUGCUGAACAACAAUAAUCUGUACAUUGAAAUCCCCUGCGCUGUGUUACCUGAAGGCAGCAAAGAAAGUUUUGCAGCUCUCCUGGAGUAUGCUGAAGAAUACCUGAACGUGAUCAAUGUUUUUGUUUGUUUUUACAAGAACACAGAUGCUCGAGCAACACUACUUCGGACCUUCAGCUUUCUGGGCUUUGAGAUUGUGAAACCAGGCCAUUCCCUCGUCCCCCAAAGGCCAGAUGUACUCUUUAUGGCUUACACCAUUGAUGGCGACUCAUCUGAUGAAGAAUGAAGAAAAUAAUAAUAAUGAUCAUUGACAGUUUGUGACCCGAGUGCUUAUUGCCUUUUGUGCUUUUAUGUUUUAUGAUGUCUUGUUUUUAGAUUAUAAUGAUACCGGUUUUGUUUUUUUAUUUUAUUUUUUGGUUAAAAAACAAGUAUGGAGGAAACAUUUUUGUUUGUCAUUUAAGUAAUGAACAUAUCAUUGAAGAAGAUUGUGGAUGUCUUGCAUCACAGUUACCGCUACUGCAAUUCACUUUAAAUGGAAAGGAAUAGUUUCUUGAAUACUGUUGAUUUUACAAAAUAAAUGUUAAGGGAUCAGAGAGGGUAUUUUAACAAGUUAAAACAGCAGCCAAAUCUAAAUCCAAUUGUAUUUUUUCCCUCAAGGUAAUUUACUAACACCAUGCAUUACAGUUCUAGGGUGGUGGUAUUUUGAUUACUGUUUAGAUCAUUAACAUGAACCCUUAGUUAUUUAAAUGGGUGUAGUAAUCUAUGUUUAAUGGGUUUUUACGUUCAGGUUUAAAAGAAGAAAAAUGUCUACAUUGUCUUUAGUCUUUAAACUCUCUCUAAAAGUUCCUAAAAUAUCUUUAUUUAUCUUUAGUUUGUGUAAUGGUAGAUUGAUAUCAGUACUAUAAAGAUACAGGGAUUGGAGUAGACGUUUGUGUCUGGUUAUUAGAAUCAUGUUCAUCCAAACCAAAAACAAGACAAACUGCUGGAUUGCAAGUGUGUGUGCUAAAUGAAGAUCUUAGUCUGCUUAAGUUAAGAGUUUAUAUUUUAAGGAAUGGGAUUUCCUAGGAGAUAUAUAAUAACGAUUUUCUUGGAUGAUUUGAUACAUUCAUAGUGAUAGCAUUCUUUAUGAAUUGCUGCAUGCUGUAUUCAACAGAUGAAAAGUGGUAUUGUCAUUUCUUGUCCUUUUUUUAUGUUUUGUUUGUUUUUGUUUUUUUUUAAUAGGAUGCACCUGCUUAGUGGCAGCUUUAUUCAUGUGUUUCUGUGCUAAAUACAAAUUAAAAAUACAAAUAACUCA